CAAUACUUGUCUCCAUUGCUGUGGAAUUCCUUUGGUACUAUUGCAGCACUAUUGGCGGUUUAACAGCGUAAAAAUCUAAUCAAUUUUUGCAUGGCUGCUUCGGCGGUGGAACGAGCGUCCUUGGUGGCUCUACGGUCAGUUGUGGUCCGAGUCCGGCAAGCGGCGGAGAGGUCUAGUCGAAAGGCGGAGGAGGUUCGAGUUGUGGCAGUUUCUAAAACCAAGCCCGUUUCUCUCAUUCGUCAGGUGUAUGUCGCUGGUCAUCGAUGCUUUGGUGAAAACUACGUCCAGGAGAUUCUCGAGAAAGCUCCUCAGCUUCCUGAAGACAUAGAAUGGCAUUUUGUUGGACAUUUGCAGAGCAACAAAGUGAAAUCUCUUCUGGCUGGAGUUCCUAAUAUCAGCAUGGUUGAGGGUGUGCACAGUGAGAAGAUUGCAAAUCAUCUUGACAAUGCAGUGUCAAGCCUUGCAAGGAAUCCUUUGAAGGUUUUAGUCCAAGUAAAUACCAGUGGAGAACCAUCAAAAUCUGGUGUUGACCCUUCUGGUGUUGUUGAGCUCGCAAAACAUGUCAAAUUGCACUGCCCAAAUCUACUGUUUUCUGGGUUAAUGACAAUCGGGAUGCCGGACUACACAUCAACUCCAGAGAAUUUUAGGACACUGUCAAACUGCAGACUUGAGGUGUGCAAGACACUUGGGCUUACAGAAGAGCAGUGUGAACUUUCAAUGGGCAUGUCUGGUGACUUUGAGCAAGCGAUUGAAAUGGGCAGCACUAAUGUGAGAAUUGGUUCAACUAUUUUUGGACCAAGAGAAUAUGCAAAGAAACAGUGAAAUUAGCUAUUAGGACCGGGAAUCCUCUACUUUGCUGAAUUUUAUGUACAUUUUUAUGCUUGUAUCUUCGAUAAGCCUAGCAAAAAGGCAUGAUCUUUUAUAUCUUAAAAUAUACUCGCUUGAUGAACAUAAUUUAAAGAAUAGAAACAAAACCAGAAAGAAGGGCAGAAUUUAAUUAUGCAACUCAUGCUGCAAAUAAUAUGUAGCUGCAAAAAAAUAAAAAAAAUAAAAGUAUCAAUUUUUUCUUC